GAGGGAGUUAAAGCACAACCAACUGGCUAAACAGCUGGAGGAUGAACAUGAGCAAGGCUACGAAAUAAAAAAAAUGGAGAUGAUGGAAAAUAUCCGUUUAAAUUUGGUCUUGCUGGGAAGAUCGGGAGUUGGGAAAAGUUCAACAGGAAACACAAUACUGGGACGGGAAGCUUUCACAUCACUCACAGAAGCUGUUACCGUUGAAGUUGGUGAUGUUUGUGGAUUGCCUGUCAGAGUUUAUGACACACCAGGAUUUUCUAAUGCAGAGCAUGGGAUAUAUGAAGAAGUCCUGCAGAAAUGUGAAUCGGGCUUGUGUGCAUUUCUCCUGGUUCUCCGGGCAGACAGAUUCAAUCAAGAAGAUCAAAGAAUUGUGGAACAAAUUGAGGAGUUGUUGGGAGAAAAACACAAAGACAAUACCUGGAUUAUCUUCACCAGAGAAGAUGAACUUGAAGAAGGAGCCAUAAGUACUGUCAUUGAUGAGAAUGAAGCUUUGAAGAAACUUGUACAAAUGUAUGAACCCAGAUUCCACGUAUUGAACAACAAAGAUAGAAAAAGAUGUGGUGGCCAAGUGAAAUCUCUUCUGUCUGCACUUGUCCAGGGGAACAUACACACUUUGCCACAAAAAGGACCAAAAAGAAUUUCCACCAACAUCCAGGAGAUUCCUGUUUCCAAUCGUUUAUCCAGAAGAAUUGUGCUGCUGGGUAAAACUGGCGUUGGGAAGAGUGCAUCUGGAAACACAAUACUGAGAAAGAAAGAGUUUAAAUCUUUAAAUGGCACAAAUUCAGUGACCCGUAAAUCCUCAGAGAAACAUGCGACUGUUUCAGGCAGGAACGUGUCUGUAAUUGACACUCCUGGAUUCUUUGACACACAGAUGGCACCUGAGCAGUUCAUGAUAGAGAUAGCGAGAAGUGUUUAUUUAUCCUGUCCUGGACCACAUGCUUUUCUCAUUGUGUUUCCUGUGAAUAAUAGAUUCACUGACCAGGAGGUAGAGAUUCCUCAGAUCAUUGAGAUGUUGUUUGGAGAAGAAGUGUUAAAAUACUCCAUCAUUCUCUUCACACAUGAAGAUCAGCUACAAAAAAUGUCAGUAGAAAAGCUCAUUAAUGAUAAUGAAAAUCUAAAAAAUAUAGUUGAUCAGUGUGGAGGCAGAUAUCAUGUCUUCAACAAUAGAGAUGAGAAUAACAUAGAGCAGGUGAAUGAUCUACUGCAGAAGAUUGACACAAUGAUAAAGCAGAAUGGAGGAGGAUACUACAGUAAUGAAAUGUUUGAAGAUGCUCUGAGAUUCAGACAAAAAAUGGAGAUUGAUAAAACAAGAAAGGAGACCGAGGAGAACAUCAGAACAAAGAUACAAAGAGAGAAUAAUGUGAGACAACAACAAGAGGAGAAAAAAAGACGAGAGGAAAUGGAGAGAGAGAGGGAAAAAAGAGAGGAGAAAAGCAGAAAGAUAAAAGCUCAGAGAUCUGAAAUAGAAAGACUUAGAGUGGAGCUGCAGAAAGACAAAGAGGAGAGAAAUCAAGAAGAGAAAAAAAGACAAGACGAGAGUGAACAAAUGAGAAAGGAGACAGAUGAGAAAAGUGCAAAGAUAGAAGCUCAGAGCUCUGAAAUAGAAGGACUUAGAGUGGAGAUGCAGAGAAACAAAGAGGAGAAAAGUGCAAAGAUAGAAGCUCAGAGCUCUGAAAUAGAAGGACUUAGAGUGGAGAUGCAGAGAAACAAAGAAGAGAGAAAUCAAGGAGAGAAACUAAGACAAGAGGAGCUUGAGGGAAUGAAAAAGGAGAUGGAGGAUAAAACCAGAAAAAUAGAAGCUCUGAGAUCUGAAAUAGAAAAACUUAGUGUGGAGAUGCAGAGAGAGAAUAAUGAGAAACAACAAGAGGAGCACAAAAACACACCAGAUUCCGAAGAGACAAGUGGAUUUAAGAAUUUUUUUUCCAAGUAUUGGAAAUAUUUUUUAAAAGGCAUCGCAGUUGGUGCUAUAAUUGGUGGAGUUGCUGGUGAAAUUGUUUGUGGAGUUGUUGGCAGAGUUGUAGCCUUGAUUGUUGAUAAAAAGCAGGGGCCUCACUAAAGUAUGCUGCAAGUAUCAUGAAAGAUAAUAUCAAUACA